GAAAGGAAAGCGAGCGGUUCGGUUAUCUGAAAACGAGGCUGAAAUUCAAACUAUGGCGGGCAUCGAACAAAUUAUCGCGAUUCUAAACGAUUUGCCUCUUGAUCAACUGGAAGAUAGCUGGGUAAAGUCGGCAUGGGAAAAAGAUUUUGUUGAAUUAGACUCUGUUCCGGAAGACUUGAUAAUUGAUUUAGAAGAGAACAACUUCUACAUCGAAGAUCUGCUUAAACUUCAAUCUUCUCUCGAUCGCUGGAUAAACAGAGAAACAAACGAGGUUAGUUUUUGGACGGUUCUAGUCGAAAGUAAUGUUUCCUAUAAACAUUUCAUCGCUUAUCUGGCAUAUUUGAUAGAAUCUGCUUCUUCCAAAACCAAAGUGGGUGCAACAAAAAGACAUGCAGGUCUGUUGGCUUCUUGUAAUUAUUUCCAACUCGUAUCCAUUUCUGGUAGUGGCGCUUUUAAAAUUUUUAAUCCGAUGUUAUUAAACUUGUGCCUGGACGUUUUGCGUAGGUGGACGUCGAGCGCCGGCGCCAACAGAAAACGUAAACUCUCACAAAAGAAUUCUCAGAAGAAUAUCCGCGCGAAAAAUCGUAGAUUGAAUAGAAAUACUUCGGUCGAGAUGGAUGAUGAUGACGGGGACAAUGGAAGCGAAGAAAGUGACGGAGAAGAACUUUCUCCGCAAGAUAACAUCAUUCUACAGAAAGCCUUGGUUAGUGCGCUAAAAGCUUUUAUUCAACUUGUUCAGAAUUUUUCUUUGCGUGGAUCCGAUUCUUCAAUUCACAAAAGCGUCCAAGUUAUGGCCGAACUUAUCCGUCCCUACGCAGGUUUGGACAACCAUAUUAACUGUUCGUUUACUACUUCCACCGCUAAAUAUCCAGUCGAGUUGGCGUAUGUUGCCUUAAAACAAUUAUGUUCCGGCUUUCAAGGUAACUCGUCUGCCAUCAUCAGCAUUGUUUACAAACAACUAAUGAGCAGCAUAUUAAUGCUUGGUAUCAACAACAAAGUGGUUUUCUCCCAAACAAUUCCUGCUGCCUACACUCAAUGCCGACUGAAUUCUAUUUCAUUUGUAUGUGACAUUCUUCGUCAGCACAAAGAUUCGGCAAUGAAGUCUGCUAGGACUUUAAUUCAACAUUUAUGUAUUAAAACUCCAGACAAAACAGAUUAUAGAAGCAAAGUGGCGGAAUCUAUUUUGACUAUAAUGGACGCUUUUGACAAAAUCAAUUAUGCCGAAAUGAUAAAAUGGCUUGGUGUGUUGGUAAAUACUUCGAAAACUAACAACCGAAUGAUAGCUCUUGAAAUUUUUUCGUUGUUGCUUUCGAAAGCUGAGAUACAGUCAAUCGAAGAUGUUCCUGUCGAUCUACAAGAAUAUUUAAAACAUAAACAUUAUAUUGGUUACGUUGUUGACCGCUGUUCCGACAAUUCUUCAUCAGUCCGUUCAAGAGCAAUUGUAAUCUUUUCCCAGUGUGUAGGGUCGAGGAAUCAAAAAAUUGUAAAUGUGUGCCAAAGUUUGUUUACGCCACAAAAUAAAGAAUAUGACAGCAACCCUUCAAAUUUAGAAAGUCUUCCAAAUGUAGAAGCUGACAAUGUGACUCCAAUUUCUUGUGAGAAAGAAAUGAAUGGUACCACUCUUCCUUCAGGCUCUGAAAAUAACAAUACCCCUAAUCAAGGUAUUGUCCUCACUGGACAGACACCGUUUGUCAACUUGGAUUUUAGUCCUGCUGAUAAUAAUCUUUCUGAUAAUAAUGGUGUUCUUUCAAUGUUGAAAAGGAGAUCAUCAGAUGAAAAAGUUUUUGUGAGGAAAUCAGCUCUUCAGGCUUUUGAAAGUCUUGUACGGUUGCUGCAGAAUGACUGCCAAAUGGGUGUAAAUAUUUUGGAAGAAAGAUGCCGAGACCCGUCUUUGUCUGUUCGGAAGCAAGCUAUGCAGUCGCUCAGCUCCCUUCUAAUUGAUUUACCAACAUGCUAUUUCAUUCAGAAGGCUUGGCUCAAUGGAGUUUUACCUUUGAUUUUGGAUUGUGAAAGUACUUUACAAGAAAAAUGCAUGAAGUGCCUUGAAGAAGUCCUCCUUCAGAAUCUGUGUACAUACAAUAGGUCUCUGUCAAGUCAGUACCAGUUAACAUGGAAUUUAUUAAAAAUAAUGGCUGGAGAAGAGGAAGAAAGUCUUCGGCGAUAUUUCCAACGCGCUGUUAGCCAGUGGUCAAGGUUGAAGCUGAUCAAAGCGUUUCACAUCAAUGUCCUUAAAACUCACAUUGGUACUGAACAUAACAAUGCAGCAUGGAUGAUGCUUUCAGAACUUUCGACUGCAAAAGUAAAAUUCGAUUGCUCUUUUGUAGUUCAGUUUUGGGAAGAAAAUUGUUCAUUAGACAGUGGCAACGAGAGUACAUCAACUUGUAAAUAUGUUUUGAAAGUUUUAUUGAAUGUGGCUGAAUCAGUGCCUUUUGAAGAGAAGCAAAAACUUGUAGCUGACCUCAGCAAGCGUUUGUUGCAGUUCUGUUCUCCUAUCGACUUAAUUUCUGUAACCAUGGCAACUAUCAAGAAACUAACUGAAGACAAUAAAUUUGAGAAAAACAAGUUGAAAACGUUAUGCCAGGACAUUCUGCAAGCUUCUGAUAAAUAUUUAUCCAAAUUAAUUUUGUCUGAAAAAGAAAACACUGUUGUUGAUGAAGAAAAAGUUAUUUGUCAUUUGUUUACUCUUGGAGAAGUUUGUCAACUUCAUCCAGCAUAUCCCAUCAAACAUAUUUUGUUAGUAGUCCAGAGCAUCAUUGCUUCUCCUUGCAUUUCGGAUUUUGUAUUGAAAUGUUCCCAAGGAUCAGCCGCCUCCCAAACAAAUGGUCUGGAUAAUUUGUCUAAAACAAAGUCCAGUAAAGAUCAUGAAACUUUGCUUCAUUUUGCCGGUUCCAAGUUAAGCAGUCGCGUGAGAGGGCAUGCUUUCAUUACACUCGGGAAAUUCUGCCUUCAGAAUGAAGAUCUUGCGAAAAAGUGUGUUGCAGCACUUGUACGAGAAUUGGAAACGUCAUCCGAAGAAGCGAUCCGCAACAAUGUGGUUUUCAUUUUGUGUGACCUGUGCAUACGAUACACUACCCUUGUCGAUCAGUAUAUUCCCAAGGUAGCAACAUGUCUCAAUGACGUUUCUCCUUUGAUCCGGAAACAAACCAUGACAUUACUCACCAUGCUCAUCCAAGAAGAUUAUCUGAAAUGGAAAGGUCCACUCUUUUAUCGUUUCAUCACAACUUACUUAGACGAACAAAUAGAACUGCAAAAGUUCUCCGAGUUUUGCUUUGUUCAUUGUCUGUUGGUUCGUAAUCCAAACAUCAUGUUCUAUCAUUUUAUUGAAUGCAUCUUUUACUUCAAUCGUUACCAGAAACAUCCAAUGUAUAACAGAUUCACCCAAGAUCAAAACACCAAAAACAGCCUUGAUCUACGUGGAAAAUCCAAAUUUGAACUGCGGUGGCGUCUUUACACUUUCAUGCUCCAACACAUGACCGAUGAACAUAAAAUCAACUUAUCUGCAAAACUGAAUCAGGAAAUCCUUGCAGGCGUUGUUGAUGGAAUCAUUGAACUUGAUGCAGACGGAACUACAGUGUUGCAGGAUUCUUUAACCAUCCUUGGUAGUAAAGAAAUCAAAAUAUCUUUAAUUGUCAACAAACAAAAUGAAGGUAACAUGGAUGAAGAGGAAAUGGCAGCUGCUGUUAUUGCAAAAAUGAACAAAAAUCUUAUUUCAAAAGUGAUGAAGAAAAAUUUGAUAGAAAAUAUAGUUCCGAUUGUUACAUCACUAAAGCUUGUCUUAGAAACUAAACGGUCUCCAGUGUUGAAAGAGCUGAUGUUGUAUCUCCGAGAACUCAUUAAAGAUUUCAAAAGCGAAAUUCAACAGAUUCUUGGUACGAACAAGCAACUUGCUGAUGAAAUCGAAUUUGAUUUACGUAAGUUUGAAGAACAACAACAACAACAACAACAACAACAACAACAACAACAACAACAACAACAACAACAGCAGCAAGAAGAAGAAAAUGAAGAACAACAAGAAAUCGCUCAAAAAUCUCCUUCUCCUGAGCAAGAAUUUGAUGAUGUGAAUAACAAUCGUAACUCAAACCAAGUUCCUGUUUCUACUGAAAAGCUGGGCAGAAAUUUAGAAACCCUUUCCUUAUCUAAGAAAGCAAUUUUGAAUUCUGCGAAAAAAUCUAUUGAAAGACUUCAGCAAAUUAAUGGAGAAAAGAGGCAGUCUCUUGGAAUGAGUUCUGACAGCUCAACAAGCAAUACUUCAAAAUCAAGACAGGAUGUCAGAGACAGUUCAGACGAACAGAAUUAUCUGAACCGUGCUAUCAGCACUCCAUUUGUUGCCAGCAGGUCUAAAAAUGUCACAUUUCACUCCGACCAAAAUAUUAGUAUGACGCCACCUUCCCCCAUUCGCCACAACUCACCAAACAGUUUAAGGAAUACAUCUUUGCAGUCGACAAGCUUAAAUUCACUGCAAGACAAUGCCGAGAAUGUCAUCCACCUCACUUCUCCUUUAAAGAUCUCCGAGGCAAACAAGGUUUGGAACAUUACCCCCGGACGGCAUAGAACUAAAUCAGCAAGACUAACAGCCUUGAAAUGUGAAGACGAAGAUGAAAAUGACAUUAAGAUGGAAGAGCCUGCUACUACUGUUGCAGGCCAGACACGUCGAAGCUGAUAGACUGAGAUAUAGAACUCUCAAUAGCAAUUAUUGAGUAAUGGAACUAGUUGCAUUAAUUCCCACUUAAAUUUUUGCUUGUAUGUGUGUGUGUGUGAUACGAUUGUAGUGUGGUGUGUUGUAAACUUAUAUAAUAUGUAUGUAUGAUUCACUGUUAGAGCUAUGUAUAUAUAAAAUUUCCUAUUGAAACAGACUGUUUAUGUGGGUAUGUGCAUAUACAUAUAUAUAUACAUACAUACAUUAAACAAAUAAACAAACAUGUAUACAUACACACACACAUGUAUUUAUGUAAAUAUGUGUAUGUACAUAUAUGUGUGUAUAUAUUUACAUGUAUCUAGUUGUGUAUGUAUAUAUAUAUGUGUGUGUAUAUAUUGUAUAUAUGUAUGAUGUAUAUAUAGGAUGCAGUGAAUAAACUGUCAUCUAAAUUAUGCAAAAAUGAAAAUAACAUUGACAUCUCAUUUUAACAUAUAUUUACCAAAAUUACAUAAAAAUAUCUUGAAAUACUAAAGAGUAAAUUUAUUCAAUGAAAUCGUCAUUGGCUUCAACCACAGCCUCCAGACGAUUUCGGAAUCUCCUGCAACUCUUCUGGAUGGUCUCCUUGUUGGUGAAUGCUGCCAUAAUCCUUGCCUCCAGUUUAUCUUUGGUGUUACAAGGAGUUUUGUUGGUCUUUCGUCCAACUGCGCCUCACACAUAAUAAUCUAAGGGGUUGCAGUCUGGGGAGUUAGGUGGUCAGAUGUUAGGGGUGAUGUGGUCACAGAAGUUGUCUGACAGCCAUGACUGGGUUCUCCUGCUUGUGUGGCAAUGGUGCAGAGUCCUGUUGCCAGACAUAGGGUCUUCCCGCAGCCACCCUCUUGACCCAGGGUUGCACUACCUCAUCCAUGUUGAGUCUGAAGCCUGUGGGAAAAUGAAUGGAAGCAUCACGUCACCAUUCCUAGUGAUCGCUUUACUGGCAGGUGAAAAACAACAUUUGAGCAUGGUUGUUGCCGGUGCUGCCGGACUUGCUCACGUGCCAGUGGAAUCUAAAAGCACCCACUACACUCUCGGAGUGGUUGGCAUUAGGAAGGGCAUCCAGAUGUAGAAACUUUGCCAGAUCAGAUUGAGCCUGGUGCAGCCUCUGGUUCACCAGUCCUCAGUCAAACCGUCCAACCCAUGCCAGCAUGGAAAGCGGACGUUAAACAAUGAUGAUGAUGAUGAUGAUAUAUAUAUAUUCAUACAUUGGUUUAUAUUGGAUGAAUGAGAUCGGAGUGUUCAAUACAUACUGUAGAGAUAAUGCUCACAUAUACAUAAUUAUUUGUCUACAUAAAGGACCGAUACAAGACUUUACUCGCUUGAAAAGAAAAUGGUUAAAAUAAAAAUAACCUUAAAAUAGAAUGCUUGUAUAUACUUUAUAAAUGUAUAUAUAUAUAUAUGUACAUAAAACUUUAAUUCUUAACCUGUCAACUUAAAACAUGAACUGUUUUUCUCUUUUGUAAAUAAAUGUUCUAUUUCUGA